GAUUUAAACACCUGGAGCCGUACCGAAAGAUCAAGAAUCGAGUGCAUAGAAAUCAAAUGAUUUAACGAAUCUCUGAAAAAUAUAUUGGAUAUUGGAUCGACUUUGGUUGGUAUGACAUCUGUUGUCUGCGCAUUUCGACUUGAUGGAAUCGUCAGGACAAACUCAAAAUGGUGAAGAAAACCUUAAUUCUUAUGUUACAAAACCACGAUUCGAUCAGAAAUUUCGACCUUGGGCAGUGAAGAGCAUCAUUUCUCGGCUUUUAAGAGAACAGCUAGAAGGGGAAGUAUACUCCCCUGAAAAUACACAUGAAAAGUGCAUUUCGUUAGCGGAUGAAAUUAAACUCACGCUGAAGAAAAGUCUAUCGUUACAACGUUAUAAAUAUUUGGUACAAGUCAUCAUCGGUGAACAGAAAGGGCAAGGAGUGAAAGUGGCUCGUCGCUGCUAUUGGGAUUCUGAUACUGACCACUAUGCAGAGGCUUCAUUUGUCAAUGACUCUCUUUUCUGUGUUGCUUUUGCACUCGGUGUUUAUUGCUAUUAAUUUUAUCAAUAUUCACACCCAUAAAGUGUUUGUAAAUAUUUUAAUUUUCAGUAAGGUAAUACUGAUUGAAAAUUGUGGUAAACUCACAUGUGGGUGAAAAUAAUAUUUGUAUAUAUGAUGUUCAAUUCAUUUUUUCGUUGUAUGCGUUUUCAAAAUAAAAGCAUAAAGUAAAUAUCAAUGCGGAAACAAAUUUACAAACACUACCAAUCAUGUCUACAAUGUUACGAUCAGAUCAUUUGCCUUUGAGC